UGGUUGGCUUUACGUUUGUGGUGAGGUUGAUGUGUCAGUCAGUGUUUCCGAGGGAGCAGUGGCGCAUCUCACGGACCGCUGCCGGAAUAAUGGGCUUCUCUAUCAUGUGAGCAGUCCGGCCUUUUCUUUUGCCAGCCACGUCAGUCGCAUCCGAAAUCAAGACUGAGUGUGGAAGAAAGAAGAAAUAGACUCGUGUAAUUUAUAUCAGGCUGUUAUGUGAAAGAGGGACGAGGCUUUUGGAUGCGUAUUUGUUUUGCUAGGCGACAUGAAGCAGGGGGUGGUCAAUCGCCACCGAAACGCUGGUUUCUGGCCAAACACCAUCCUAUUCUAGCUUGUCCUCGGCCUCGUUCGGUUGUAUUUCAUUUCCUUCGGUGAAUUUUCAUUUUGUACACCACAGCUUUUUUUUUCGGUCAGAGAAGAUGCAGCAGGCUUGAGGACAUCCUUGAUAUUCGCUGACUGCCUUCGCCGCUGCCAUGACGAACGCAGGCUUUCUCUCGGGCAUGGCUCAGCCGGCAGCCUCACAGGCAGAUUGACUGGGUCGUGGUUGCAGCCGCGGAGAGGCCGAUGUCGACAGCUCAUCGUAGGAGCUCGAUUCUGUAAAUAUCAUUAACAAUAAUCAUCAAUAAUAGUCACGAAUCUCAGGGAAAAUGUCCUCGCGGUCUGCAUUACCACCUGGGAACGAGAGGAGCUCAGACCAUCAUGCCUCGCUGGCGGUGAGUCGCUCCGAGAAGGGCGCAAGCGUGUCCAGCCGUUCACUGGGUGCCCGCUGUCGGAGUUCCAUGGCCUCCUGUUCGGACGAGCAGCCACACAUCGGAAACUACCGGCUACUGAAGACGAUUGGCAAGGGCAACUUCGCCAAAGUCAAGCUGGCACGCCACAUCCUUACAGGCAGAGAGGUCGCAAUAAAGAUUAUUGACAAAACUCAGCUGAAUCCAACCAGCCUACAAAAGCUCUUUCGAGAAGUGAGAAUCAUGAAAGGCUUACAUCACCCAAACAUUGUGAAACUGUUUGAGGUGAUUGAGACAGAAAAAACACUGUAUCUGAUUAUGGAGUAUGCCAGUGGAGGUGAAGUAUUUGACUACCUCGUGUCUCAUGGGAGAAUGAAGGAAAUAGAAGCCAGAGCCAAAUUCCGGCAGAUUGUGUCUGCUGUCCACUACUGCCACCAGAAAAACAUAGUCCACAGAGAUUUGAAGGCUGAAAACCUUCUGCUGGACGCUGACGCCAACAUCAAGAUCGCUGACUUCGGCUUCAGCAAUGAGUUUACACUGGGCAACAAGCUGGACACCUUCUGCGGAUCGCCGCCCUACGCCGCACCCGAGCUCUUCCAGGGCAAGAAGUACGACGGGCCAGAGGUGGAUAUCUGGAGCCUGGGGGUCAUCCUCUACACACUCGUCAGCGGGUCACUGCCUUUCGACGGGCAGAACCUAAAGGAGUUGCGUGAGCGUGUGUUGAGAGGGAAGUACCGCGUGCCCUUUUACAUGUCCACUGACUGCGAGGGCAUCCUCCGCCGCUUCCUGGUGCUCAACCCCACAAAACGCUGCACCCUAGAGCAAAUAAUGAAGGACAAAUGGAUCAACGCUGGUUUUGAGGGUGACGACCUCAAGCCUCACAUAGAGCCUGUGGCCGACUACAGCGACGCCAGCCGCAUCGAGGUGAUGGUUGGGAUGGGCUUCACCUCCGAGGAGAUCAAGGACUCUCUGCUCAAUCAGAAAUACAACGAGGUGUCUGCCACCUACCUGCUGCUGGGGAUCAAGACUGAGGAUGGUGCGGAGACACGGUCCGGCAGUAUGACUCUGCCCCGCGUGCGGCCCAGUCCCAUCACCAACGGAACCAACAAGCACUCGUCCGCCACUGGCUCCUCUUCAUCCUCCUCCUCCUCCUCCCACAGCAAGACGCAGCGCAGCAGCUCCACCUACCACAGGCAGAGACGGCACAGCGACUUCUGUGGUCCCAGCAUGCCGGUGAUGCACCCUAAGCGGAGCCCGACCACGGGCGGUGACCGUGACCUGCGUGAGAGCCGCAUGCCCCCGCGCAAGGCCAGCUGCAGCGUGAUGGGCAGCCGCAGCCUGCCGCCCUCCAGCCCCAUGGUCAGCAGCGCCAACAACCCCAACAAGGCCGAGAUCCCUGACCGCCGCAAGGAGAUGACCGCCACCACCAAUAACAUCCCAGGCAGUGCCAUGACUCGCCGCAACACAUACGUGUGUACGGACCGCUCCAACACAGAUAGACAUUCACUACUGCAGAACGGCAAAGAGAACAGCUCUCUGUCUCACCGGCUGCCCCCCACCUCUCCGUCCACGCUGAGCAUGGCCGGCGCGGGCGCAUCCUCCUCGUCCUCCUCGGGCGAGCGCUGCCGCCUGACCCGCGGCUCCACCAUCCGCAGCACCUUCCACGGGGGUCAGCUGCGUGAGCGCGGCGGCGGGGGCGUCCCCUCUUACGGCCCGCCGCCCACCUCCCCGACGCUGCCCUCGCACGAGGCCGCCGCGCUCCCGCCCCACGCCCGCAGCCGCGCCACCUCCAACCUCUUCAGCAAGCUCACCUCCAAACUCACGCGCAGGGUCAAUCUUGACCCCUCUAAGCGCCAGGGCUCAAACAAGUCAGUGUCGGGUUGCACUCUCCCCCAGGGAUCAAAAACAGUUAGGUCACAAAUGAACCUGAGGGAGUCAGCAGACCUUCGGUCACAAGUCUCUUCCUCCCCCUCUCUCUCCUCUCUCCCCUUCUCCAGUGGCCAUCUACCUGGGCAUUCGAAAGCGGCCGAGCCCCGGUGCGUCGGAGGCGGGGGCGGGCGUUGGUGGGGGGGGGAUGUGAGGGGCCGUGCGGCGGCGUCGGUGGCGGCGGCAGCGGUGCCCCCCCCUCGCGCCCCGGCCGAGGUGGUGCUGGCGGUGCGGGAGGCGGCGCGGGGCUGCGGUUGCCAGGUGCGCCACGCCGGGCCCUUCCUGCUGUGCUGCAGCCGGCAGAGUGAGGGCGGCGGCGCCACCGUGGCCUUCCAGGCGGAGGUGUGCCAGCUGUCGGCGGGAGCGUCCGAGGCCAACGGCGUGCGCUACACCCGCCUGUGGGGUGCGCCGCUGGCCUUCCGCCACCUGGCCACGCAGAUCUCCAAGGAGGUGGAGCUCUGAGAGAGAGAUGGAGAGAUGAUGGAGGAAGUGGGGUGGGGAGAGGUGCAUUCUGGGAGAGGCCAGACUGACUCUUGGCACAGGCCUCACCGUUCACGUCGCCCCACCCCUCACCCUCCUGGCCCCCCAAUCCCUCGUCUGUUUCGCUGUAGAGAACUUUCUCCCCCCCCCCCCCCCCCCACCCCCCCACCUACUCUAAAUUUACUCCCUCUCCCUCAAUCCACCCCCCACCCCUACCAAACCACCUCAAGGGUAUGUAGACUUUUUAAGACGUCCUCCUUACUUCUCCUAAGUCUUCUUACAACCCCCCUGUUGUCCAAACACACACACACACACACACACACAUUCUAGAGAGUACCUAUAGUGUACAUGCCGCACACAUAGAGAGCUUACACUAGUCGACACGAUUAUCCGUUUAACAUGCUGCAAACACCCAUAACCACACACACACACACACUCUCUCUCUCUCACCCUUUAGCCUGUGUUUCUGCACUCUACUACUCGAGUUAAACACACACACACACACACACACAUUGACACACACUAAAGAAGCAUCCCUCUGAGCAACCUCAUCCACUGGACCCUGAUCCAGUCUGAUCUUUUUUUUUAUUAUUAUUAAUUUAUUCAUAAUUAUUACGACCUCUGUUAGUGAUAACAUGUUUUUUUACCACCUCUAUUUAUAAUUCCUUCCACUGUUUUCAUCCUGGUCAUCUUUACUUCAUAUUUAUGUGGAUUUAUGUUGUGUUUAUUUUUCUGUUGUUAUGUUUGUCACUGAUGAUAUUUCAUCCCUCACAGAGACCUGUUGUCACAUGUGGAAGAUGAUAUGCACAAAUAUAUAAAAGCCAGUAAAACUUCAGCCUCUGCUCAGCUGUUCCGUCAUGGAGUCUGUCCCUCCACUGUCCACUCAUAACUUCUCAGAAUCAAGCUGUGUCCACUGGGUGAUAGGAUGCUACAUGGCUUACUUAACAACCCCAAGUACCAUGUGCCUGCUGAGACUGGCUAGGGGUUUGGCUGCUGUCUGGGCCAGAUCCAACCCGAAUGAGCUCCCAUCGGAGGGCUCUUACGGUGUUCAUGUGUGGCUUAAGGCAUAGAAAAAAAUAGUGCACUGUUUUCAUUUCGGAGUUUUUCAGCGAGCAAAACAUAGGCCAACUAUAGUUUCCAACUAUGUGUAUGUGUGAAUGAUUUCAUCAUGCCUAGACACAAGGAUAUAUAUUUUUUAUACAUUCCGUUUGGGGG